AUGGCCAACCUAGAUAUCAUCCCCGUUAUCUACCAGGACCGCGUUGCCAUAAUUACGCUGAACCGCCCGGAUAAACUCAAUGCCCUGAGCUUGGACCUAUACUAUCUUCUCGGGGAGCGCCUACGGGAGGUAGACAAGAGGGAUGAUAUUUUCGUCACCGUUAUCACGGGCUCCGGACGGUUCUUCUCAGCUGGAGCAGACGUAACAUCCACCCGUCCGGGAGUAGGAUUAGACAAUGACGCACGACGAGAGGUCGCACGCGGCUUCGUAGUCAAUAACCUGGACAUUACUCGGACAUUUACCCAUCAUUCAAAAAUUCUAGUAGCUGCAUUGAAUGGACCCGCCGUGGGGCUUUCUGCCGCGUUGAUAGCACACGCGGAUUUCAUCUACGCCGCUCCUCACACGUUCCUACUGACCCCAUUCUCGUCCCUCGGUCUGGUGGCGGAGGGUGCGUCAUCGCGGACAUUCGUCGAGCGUCUCGGUAUCGCCAAAGCCAACGAGGCCCUCAUCAUGAGCAAGCGGAUCACCUGCGAGGAACUCGUGGCGACCGGGUUCGUUAAUAAGGUCAUCUCCGCGCCGUCGGGGAAACUUGAGGACUCUGACGGGUUCUUGAAGAAGGUCCUGGAGGAGAUUGAAGAUCGUCUCGGUUCGCAUCUGAAUCAGUCUAGUAUGCUAAAAAUCAAGGAAUUGAUCCGCAGGCCUGAACGGGAGAUUAUUGAUCGUCAGAAUAGUCUGGAGGUCUUUGGUGGCUUGGAGAGGUUUUUGAGCGGCGUUCCCCAGGAGGAAUUCCGGCGCUUGGCCUCUGGGGAGAAGAAACAUAAACUGUAA